GACUUUUUGUUCAUAUACCUUAUUCCUACACUUCAUCCAUUGAGGUCGUCUCUCCAUAUAUACCCCCUCAUCCAUGGUCAUACAACUACUAAUCGAUCAAGUUUUUCAAAAACUGAAAGUAGCUAUGGAGGAUUUUUUCCAGUCUUUGCCGGAAGGAUUCGUAGCUGCAGCAUUGGCACUCACCAGCCCUCGAGAUGUUUCCCGAUUGUCCUCCAUCAAUUCCGUUUUCCGUUCGGCGGCACAGUGGGACAGCGUUUGGGAGAAUUUCACACCGCCGGAGUACCUGAAGGAGACGGCGGACGGUGGUGCAGUCCUAUCGAAGAAGGAGGUGUAUCUACGCCUCUGUGAUCAUCCAGUCAUCAUAGAUGAAGGAAACAAGAGUUUCUGGUUGGAUAAAAGGAGCGGGAAGAAAUGUUACAUGUUAGCUGCGAGACAAUUAUCAAUCGCUUCUUCCGAUUCCCCAAAUUGUUGGAAAUGGACACAAACACCAGAAUCAAGAUUCACAGAAGUAGCCGAACUUGUGAGUGUGAGUUUGCUUGAAAUCAUCGGCAAAAUCAGUACUUCAAUCUUUUCCCCUGAUACAACUUACGUUGCUCUUCUUGUGUUCAAAACAACAUCGAAAGCUUAUGGGUUUGAGUACCAACCGGUGGAGGUCUGUAUAGGUUUUCACGGCGACCGGAGUCGAACCCGGAUGGUGUAUCUCGACCCUGAAGCAGGGCGGAGACGAGGACUCCGAUCAAGGAGAGGGAUUGGGAUGUUUAGCAAAGGAGGAUUCGCGAAUUUGGAUGUGGUGCCUCCGCCUUCUAAAGAGAAUGGUCCAAAACAAAGAGAAGAUGGAUGGUUUGAGAUUGAGAUCGGAGAAUACUUUAAUGGCGGUGGUGAUGCGGCGGAAAUGGAGUUGAGUGUGGCGGAGGUCAACGGAGGGAAUUGGAAGACUGGUCUUGUUAUUGAAGGUAUCGAGUUCAGGCCAAAAACUUUUGUUGAUUAGGAUAAUUGAUUAAGAAUUAAGAGUGAAGCAAGUAGUUGUGAAGUUUAGUAAUAUGGUUGUAUAUUUAUCUAUAUGAUUAACUAUUGAUUGAUUGAUGAUUAGGAUAAUUGCUGAAAAUAAAAUGUAUACAUACGAGUGAAUUUUUGGAAUUAUAUUUUGAAAGCCUUUUUUUUUUU